GGGGGAGACAUUGAUCACAUGACGAGGAAGUACACAGUCACGUGGCUGCAGUGACCUUCUGAGGGGCGUGUCCUGGACUGUGUCUGCUAGAACAAUGCCGAUGCUGCCGCUGUGGAGGACGCUGUACACUACCUUUGCAGUAGGAUGUGCAGGAACAUUUCGCUCAUCGUUGGCUUUGGAUAAAUCAUGGACUCGGCAGCAGCAGAGGUCGUAUUGUGCCAGUGACGAGGUACAGAGGGCGAUGCAGGCGGCGGCACAGGGAGCAUCACCCACCAUCUUCUCUCGGAUCCUGGAUAGGACUCUUCCUGCAGAUAUUAUCUAUGAGGAUGAACAGUGUUUGGCAUUUCGGGACGUUGCUCCUCAGGCUCCAAUUCAUUUCCUAGUGAUUCCAAAAAUUCAGAUUCCCAGAAUAAGUCAAGUAACUACAGCAGACAAGGAGCUCCUUGGUCAUCUGAUGGUCACGGCCAGUCACUUGGCACAGAAGGAAGGUCUAGCUGAUGGAUACAGGAUAGUUAUCAAUGAUGGCCAGCAGGGGGCGCAGUCUGUCUAUCACCUCCAUUUACAUGUUAUCGGUGGCCGCCAGAUGGGCUGGCCUCCGGGGUAAUAACCUCAUGUAACUGAAUGUCACCAAUCUCUGCAAUAAAACGAGACAUGUAUAA